GUAAGAAAUAUAUGUAUUUAAAAAUUAUUUGUGUAACUUUCCUUUGAAGGUUUCUCUGUAAAGGGUAGUGCUACCUGAAAUGGUCUAUCUUGGUGUUUUGGAAAGACUAAAGAGCACUUGUUAGUUGUUACUUGGAUUCUUUCAUAGAGAAUAUGACACCUCUAUCUGUCCGAAUUCCAAGUUGGCUUAUGCACCAAAAGCUAUGGAGAUUCCUUGGUUUUGCUUCAUCCAUAGUUGGAUUACUCUGUUACGCUAUUAGUACAUCCUUCAACUUUCUAUUCGGAAAAUGGAACUUAGCGAAAAUCUCUAUUUACAUUGUUUUCAGUCUUAUAAUCUGCCUUGCCACUUUCUUUGCCAAGGUAUGGCAACACUCUGCAAGUCUCCGACUGAGAGCUCAUAUGACAUUUUUAGUUCUGACCGUUACUUCUGUUUACUCAUUCUUUUUCGAUAAAACUGCGAAUGGGAAACCGGAUGCAUAUAGCAUAGUUUCUUGUGCUUCUUUUGCUAUAAUGUGGUUUAGUUUGUCAAGACAAAUUCAUUUUGGAUUUGAGGUAGACAUGUUAUAUUUCUUUCUGGGAGUUCUCAUAAUACAACUGAUGAAGAUAAGAUUCUUGUUGAGUAUAGUUGCGAUAUGUUUCAGCUAUUUCCUCAUCAUUCUACGAUCCUCUCUAGAUGCAUCAACAGUCACAGAGAGUGAAUAUUUGGAACUCCAUGACCAAAAUCAUGUGUCAAUUCAAGUGUAA